GUCGGUAAUUACUCGGGUUAUUCCUAGUGCCACUUUUAUAGAGAGUAACUAGUAACUAGCCUACAUUUAAAAAGAUUUAAUCUUUUCUGUGCGAAAACGCACGUAUGAAAAACGCGUACUGGAGAGCAGUCUUUAGUUUUGGUUUGUGAAAACACCACGUAAAUGUAUGAUCAGCAGAGUUCAGACUUGACUUGUUUAAUUCACUCGUCCCUUUAAUUGUACGAAACCCCCAAAAAACAAAAGCGCCGUGAUCUGUUUGCUCGCGUGAUAUUUCUGUUAAUAAUCUGUUUCAUCAUAAACCAGUUUCGGAAACGAUGAGUAAUUUCGGUAAUUAUACGAUAAAAGGCUUUGUUGGUAUAGAAACGCAACUAUACCUGAAAAUAUGAGAAGAAUUUCGACGUUUCGAACAAGAGCCCGUUGUCACUAAGAUUUUACAUGCUUGCUCUUUUGAUGCAUGUACUUUCUCCUGUCAAAUUUACCGGAAAACGUACUCGUUUGGCAUCGAAGAAUUAAAGUUCAAGGCCAUAAACACUUUCGCUUCAAAUGCACACUUACUAUCGAAUUUUCCUGUAUAGUAUACACAGGAGUAAGAAUUUUCUCAGCGAGGUAAGAAAUGUUACGUCUGCUGUUCUUUGCCCUGCUCGCCAUCCAUAUUUCGAUCAUGGGUUAUUUCUGGUGGAUGAAAGAAGAAGUAAAGCCUUUCGACAUAAAGCCAAUAGCUGCUACGGUGAACCAACGUUUUGAUUCUGUGCAAUCGACAAUUAAUAUAGUUGAAGCACCAGUGACGCUUUUUAUGCGGAUGACUGGAUUGCACAUAAAGCGAUUUUACUGUGACUUUUUGAGGACAGCCGUCUUGUUUUGGCCCGCUUCGUAUGGAAAAAUAGUCGUGGUUUUCGAUCAGGAAUCGUCUCUGGAUCACAAACUAGCGAACAUUUUGGAGAGACAGUUUCAUCAAUUCUUCCCAGAUCGCAAACUUGAAAUACUCUACGAGCCUCUUCCGGUGAAUUAUGAAACGCUGUUGAAGCUUCCUUGGCCGAAACGUGACACUGGCUACAAUCGUCAAAUUUGGAGCAGCUUUCUUAAUGAUUUAUACACGAACGACACAGUCAUUGCGUGGGUGGAUUCUGACACUGCAUUUUCUACUUCAGUGACGCGAAAUUCCAUGUACAACGGUACACGAUUGAGAGUGAUAGGAACUGAUUGCACGCUAUUACACGCAGAUUUUGCUAGAAGUUGUGUGAAAAGUGCGGAGAUCUCCAUUGGGCUACCGGCUUUAGCUGACUUCAUGCUGCAUUUCCCUAUAUACAUGUAUCGCGAUACGUUUGCUAACUGUAGAGAAUAUUUAAUGCGAAGAUACAAAGCACGCAACUUUGAGGAAGUCUACAGGAACAUUAGUGCUCAACUACGCAUGGCACUUCGAGAGAGAUCGCUACGACUGGAGUCUCAAGAUUUGCACCUCACCUCUCGAUGAAUACAACAAACGCUUUCAACCCAACGCAACUAUCAAGCCCUACGACAUACAACCUGUCAUGGCAGCCCCUCAAUCAAGCAUUCAUACUGGUGAACCUGAGUCGGCACUUGAUUCGGCUCAAUUAAUUCUAGCGAGUUAUUGUUUGUCGCACAAAGCGGCGGGGCACAAUCUAACAUUCUGUACCGGCAAACGCAACCUUCCACUGAGCAAUAACCUUAUUCUUUUCACAUAUGCAAGAGCGCCGGAGACGUGUAAUGGGAAUUUGAAAUUCACUUGUCUCGUUGUCCUGCACCGUCACUACAAUCUGGUAGGCUCUGAAAUUCUAGGGGACAAGCGCAGGAUGGAAUGGAGUGACGUGGAAAUUGUUGAAAAACUUGUGAAGGAAGUAAAUGCAACGUAUCCUGUUAUUCAUAACGGGAGCCCGGGGGGAAAAUCCCUGUUGCAUAAAAGUUAAGGCCUGUUUGCACCAGUGACCUCCAUAUAUACCUGGAGCACGAAUUUUAGUCAUUCCGUACCUAUAUACGCUGUGUUUUGGUAUAUACAUGAGCAUACUCACGAGCAUACAUACUGGAUUAUAUAGAUUAAAUUCACUAUAGAUCGAUAGAAUUGAUAGAUAUACAUACAUACAUACAUACAUACAUACAUACAUA